AUGCCACGUGUCCGGCAACCCGGCGGCGCCGUCCUAGUGCGGGCGUCCACGUCAGCAGCCGAAUCGUCUCCUCUUUUCCUGGGAUUUGAUUUCGGCACGUCCGGGGCGCGUGCUGUUGUUAUUGAUGGCAACGCAGCCAUUCUCGCUGACGUCAAGAGGAAGUACCCUCCUGCCGCCCAUGCUGAGUCAGCAUCCGAGUCAGCAGUCGGCGUCACCACCGACCCGGACGAUGACGUGUCAGCAGCGGAGGGGUGGCGGGCGGCGUUGUUUGGACUGUUGCGCGACAUUCCCGAGGAGCUGAGGCGGCGAGUGGCGGCAGUGUCGCUGGACGGCACGUCCGCAACCACCAUGGUCGUGAGCCGAACUACCCGUGAGCCCGUGGCCUGCCCCAUGAUGUACAACGAGGCGGGCAGCGCUGAGGCCGUGGCUGCCGUGGCGGCAGUGGCGCCGGCCAAUCACACGACGACAGCUGGCACGUCCACGCUGUGCAAGCUGAUGACGUGGUGGUUGAAGCAGGGAGGGGAGAAGGGGGAGGAGAGUGGGGAGGGGGAGAGAGGGGGAAGAGGUGGAGGAGGAGGGGAAGGGGAGGGAGAGGGGGAGGUGGUGAUGGUGCAUCAGGCGGACUGGCUGUUGGGGCAGCUGUGUGGAGCAGCGGACGUGCAUGUGACUGACUUCAAUAAUGCGCUCAAGCUGGGCUACGACCCUGAGAGCAGCGCCUACCCCGACUGGCUGCUCGCACUGCCCUUUGCACCCAUGCUGCCGCGCGUGCUGCCGCCCGGCUCCCUCAUUGGCACGGUGGGAGCACAUCUCACAGCCGAGUUUGCCCUCCCGUCUGAUUGCAUCGUCACCACCGGCACCACCGACAGCAUUGCUGCCUUUCUGGCCGCGAGGGUAACUACCCCCGGGUAUGCCGUCACCUCCCUCGGCUCUACCCUCGCAGUCAAGCUCGUCAGCACUGCGAGAAUCGACGAUGCUCGUUUUGGCGUAUACAGCCACCGCUUGCCGCCCGGGAAUUGGGCGCCGCCCGAGGCGGAGAACGAUGGGGGGGCGGAACAGGGAGGUGUUGCAGAAGAAGACAAGGAAUGCAAGUGGCUGGUCGGUGGGGCGUCAAAUACGGGCGGCGCAGUGCUGCGGGAGCAUUUCACAGACGAGCAACUGAGGGAGCUGAGUGCAAAAAUAGACCCGAGUGUAGAGAGUAAACUCGAUUACUACCCACUCACACGACCAGGGGAGAGGUUCCCCGUGUCCGACCCUGACCUGCAGCCUCGCCAGCCUCACAGGAUUGUCUCUGAAGUGGAUAAUUCACACCUUUCCUCUCUCGCUCCGUGCAGCUUGACUCCUCGCCCUGCUGACGACGCUCUCUUCCUGCACGGCACAUGGUCUUGCUCCUGUGCACCCACGCAUGGUAUUCGAUGGCACUACCAGCCAAUCACUGGGUCGGAUUACUCAUACCUUUCCUCUCUCGCUCCGUGCAGCUUGACUCCUCGCCCUGCUGACGACGCUCUCUUCCUGCACGGCAUUCUGGAGUCCAUAGCCACCAUUGAGGUGAGCUUCUAUUACUCCCUCCCUUGUGCUCGUCAUUUCCUUGUCUCCAUGUACAUAAAAAAUGUUCCAUCUCAAUCUCUCUUCCUGCACGGCAUCCUCGAGUCCAUUGCCACCAUUGAGGUGCGCCCCUGUUCCCCACUUCCUUGUCCCGUCACUCGCUUCCUUGUCCCGUCACUCGCUUGUCUUCCAUCUCAGUCUCUCUUCCUGCACCGCAUCCUUGAGUCCAUUGCCACCAUAGAGGUGUGCCUCUGCUCCCCACUCCCUUUCUCCAUUGAUUCCGCGCCUUUUUUGUCGUGUUACAGUCACAUGCACUCAUACAAGCACCCUGACACCCAAUCGCUCCUUUCCAUCUGCUACUCUAUUGUGCACGCAACAUCACAUCAUGCCCGCUCGUGUGAUCCACUCCUGCCCUCCCCAACCAACUCGACCCAACAGGCCAGGGCAUACUCGUUACUAGCUGACCUGGGAGCGUCGCCGCCAGUGAAGCGGGUGUACACAGCAGGGGGUGGUGCAGGCAACCCUACAUGGAGUGCUAUAAGGGAGCGAGUGAUGGGAGUGCCUGUGGCCCCAUCAGGGAACACCGAUGCUGCAUUCGGCUCUGCACUACUCGCUAGAGAAGGGUUCUUGAGACGCACAGCGAAAUAA